AUGUCGCCAAGGUCCCAAUGGCUAUGGAUGGCCCUCGCGAUGGCAACUGCCUCUGCGGCACAAGACUCCAGUGUCAUGGACACAUAUGACUAUGUGAUAUUUAUUGAACAAGAUUGUCGGAGCGUUUCUGACAGCUUUGAGUACAGAGACAACUACGAAGCCGCAGUCAUGAUCCCUCGAUUUUAUCCAGGAGCAUCUGGGUUUGCCCCUGGAACGAGAUACGAUUGGAACUUGACGACGGUGCCCCAGGACUUUCUCCAAGGGCAGACGGUCAAUCUGACUCAAGGGCACACCAUCGGUGGUAGCAGUACAGUGAACGCAAUGAUAUUCGACAGAGGCAUGCCCUCGAACUAUGAUUCGUGGGCCGCGUUUGGAAACGAAGGCUGGGAUUUCGACAACUUACUACCAUACUUCAAGAAGAGCGAGACCUUCACAGCAGCGUCUCCAGAGCAUGCCUCACUCUACGGCCUGACGCACGACCCAUCUUGCCAUGGAUACGAAGGACCAGUGCAGUCAAGCUAUCUCGCAUGGUCGCAUCCAAACAACACCAACUUUCUGGACGCGAUGCAUGGCCUUGGUAUAACCUCGCCGAUUGACCAAGGAUGCGAUCCUCUUGGAGCCUACCUUACGACGCACUCAGUUGACCAUCGAAAUCAGUCGCGAUCAAGUGCCCGAACAGCUCACUUUGACGCUACAUCAACCAGGGCCAACUUGAAGGUGCUGACUGGACAUCAAGUCACCAAGAUAAUUCUUGACACGACAGAGGGAAAAACAACUGCAAAGGGAGUUGAGUUUUCCUCGAUAACCGAUGGCUCGCUCCGGAGCGCUGUCGCUACCCAGGAGAUUAUUUUGUCAGCAGGUGCUUUGAACUCCCCAAAGAUUCUGCAGCUGUCUGGAAUAGGCCCAGCCUCUUUGUUGACUAACAUCGGGAUUAAUUCCACGGUCGACCUGCCGGGUGUGGGCGAGAACCUCCAGGAUCACCCGUUUGGGCUGACUCUCGCAUCACUAAGCCCCGGUAUUCCUGCGAACUCCGACCUUGACAAUGCAACAUUUGACGCUGAGCAACGGGACCUCUACUAUGCCGAGAGAAAAGGUCGAUGGACAGACACUAUUGCCGAAGCCCUGGCUUUCAUCCCGCUGUACAAUUUCACUAAAGCCGACUUGUCCAACGACCUCAUCUUGUCCAUUGGGGCGAAUUCUACACAAUAUCUACAUGAUAGUAUCGACAGUACGGUGGUUGCUGGCUAUGAGAAGCAGACAGAGUUGAUUGCAUCGAUGCAUUCGAAAGGCUCCACCGCCGCAAUGGAACUGCUCUACGUUGAUGGGGGUCGCUCAGUCGUCAAUAUCCUGAUGCACCCGCUCAGCAGAGGAACGGUAUCAGUCACGUCAUCAGACCCCUUUGCAUCGCCUACAAUCAACCCCAGGUACUUCUCCCAUCCUUACGAUGGGAAGGUGCUAGUCGAGUCAUUGCGGUUUAACAGGAAACUGUUGGCAACUGAGCCCAUUCAAGCCCUAGGUGCAGCCGAGACGCUUCCCGGAACGGCCACCGAAAGCGAUGCGGACAUACUGAACUUCAUAAAAGGAGUCACUUCAACGGAGUACCACUAUGUAGGAACUUGCGCAAUGCUCCCAAAGGCUCUGGGCGGCGUUGUGGACGCUGAGUUGAAGGUCUAUGGUGUUGAUGGUUUGCGAGUCGUUGAUGCGAGCAUCAUGCCCCUGUUGCCAUCGGCGCAUACCCAAGCAACAGUGUACGCAAUUGCAGAGAAGGCGGGUAUGUUCUAA